AUGCCUAUCAUAAUUGACUCUGUUAAUAUGUUGGAGGAUGUUAUUUUCCUUGAUAUUGACAACAUUGUUCCUUCCUGGGACACAUACUGCUUCGCACUGGAUAUCCACUCUCUUGGAUGCAAGAGAGUUGUGUUACACUUCAAAGAUGCUCAAAUACUUCAGUUGAAAAACAGUAAGGAUGAGGAAGACAACUCACCACUGGCAGAAGAAGGGACGGUGGCCAAGGCAUCAGAGGAUGACGAAGAGUUGGUGGUCGAGACAUGGGAGAAAGAGUCAGCGGUCCAGACUUCAGAAGAUGAGGAAGAAGAGUUGGUGGUCCCAGUUCCCAUUCCUCUGCACCUCGAGAACCCCAAUCCAGAUCCAGGCAAUCCCACUGCACCUUGGCGCUACUACAGGAACUCAGCUUUGGGAUGCGCUGGCGAGCCAGGCUGGUUGGACUGGGAAGGACCGGUAGGGGGAGACAGAGUAUCUAGUUUCCUAGACAAGUCACAUGGUGGCGGACAUUACGCACACGCUCAGCUUCCUCGUCUGCUACAUUUGGUGAUGGUGUUGACAGGCGUGAGGAGGAAAAAAUUGCCUUCCAGUGACGUCGCGGAAAGGAAAAUGUUGGGCAUUGAUAAGGAUUCUGAAAGAAAGGAAUGCAACGAGGAUGCCGACGCCGGCUGUGAGAACGAGUGUGGGGCUAAGCUGCUUGACAUCGUAUGCAACGAGGAGAGUGCAGCAGGAGAGUGUGUGGUUGAUGCCACAGGAGGCGACUGCGCGGCUGAUUGGAUAACUUUUGCAGAUGGUGCACUGCGCCAUGGAUACAGUUUCGUAGUUCCUGCGCUUGCUGGUGUUUGUGCUGGCGCGCCGACCUCCAGCACAGCCAGCACCUCCCAGGCGCAUAAGUGA